UAUAAUGACGGGAGGAAGGAAAAAGCGGAAACGUGUUUUUCUAACAUAGGAUAAGACGCGUCGGAACCAGUUGACAACGAUCUCUCUGCUGUUGUUGUUUCCACUCACAGUCCUGCUGUCGCAUAUAUCACAGCAUAUGAUCCCAUUUGAAAAAGUGGAUUUGACGGUUAGUGUUGUUUAAUCCUCGCCGCUGUUCGGCACAUGGUGAAACCUCACUCCUCUGACUGACAUCUUUUUAUGUCUGGUAAAUAAAACCUACAGUGAUGACGACUUGCGUUGACCAGCGCUCCGUCUUUGAUCUUUGCCCAAAUGACGAGGCUUUGCUUGGACUGAGAGAAGUGAGGUCUUUCCUGAAGCAAUCUGCCAACACAGAGCCUGGCCCUCCCGACCCGCACACAGUGUUGGAAGAUAAACACGUGGAGUAUGACAGACAGCGAGAGUGCAACUUAGCCAAGGAGGUGUCGGACAAGAUGGUCUGCUCAGCCUGCAGGUGCCCCUUCAUCAACCGCGAGGAGCAGAUGGAACACUACAAGCUCGACUGGCAUCGCUUCAACUUGAGACAAAAGUUGGCAGGAUUGUCGCCCAUCACAGUGGAGGAGUUUGAGAGGAAAACUGGAGCUGGAGACAUGUCCAGUAUCUCAGGCUCAGAGUCUGAUUCAGAGGAAGAGAACAGCGAUGGUGGGAGAGCAAGCAGUAACGCCCCUGGCACAGACAAUGACGGCUCAAUUGAAACCAGUUCAAUGACUUGUCGAGUCUCCAGUAAAGUGGUUUUCCAGAACUUAGGUGGACAGUAUCUAUCAGUCCAUCGCUGUAUUCUGCCGGGGAAGGAAAAUGAUGAGCUGGAUGCAGGAUCCUCUCUAAUGGCUUUAAGUAGGAAGACAGUGUGGGUCAUUCUCAUGACAGGUGGAGGCCAUUUUGCUGGUGCUAUAUUCCAAGGAAAAGAAGUCCUUCAGCACAAGACUUUCCACCGAUACACGGUGCGAGCGAAGCGCGGCACCGCUCAAGGGCUGAGAGACUCUCAGAAUCGCAGUCACGCACCGAAGUCUGCAGGGGCGGCUCUGAGGCGAUAUAAUGAGGCAGCUCUCGUCAAGGAUAUUCAGGAUCUCCUUGUAACCUGGGCCGAACACUUGAAGGAGGCCUCUGCAAUAUUUAUACGAGCCCCCAGCUACAACAAGAGCAUAUUUUUUAGUGGUCGGGCAGCACCUUUUGACAAGAAAGAUCCCAGGAUCAGCACACUUCCCUUCCCAACGCGCAGGUCAACGUUUCGAGAAGUGCAGCGGGUACACGAGAUGCUUUCCACACUUCGUGUUUACGGGAGAGACACAGACAUGUCUGCACUCUUCAGUCCGUCGAAAAAAGUGUGGAAGAAAACUGUCAAAGCAGUAGAACCGAAAAACUCUGAUCAAGAGCUGGCAGAAGAAAACCCAGAUAGCUCAGAUAAAGAGGAGGGUGGAGACAUCCAGCUACACAUGGAGGAGCUGACAUUAGGAACCCUGGACCUCAGGGAAUAUGAAGUAUGUCCUCCCAGGCACAAGAGAAGGAGGAGGAGAAAGAAGGAGGGAGCCAAAAUGCAAACUGAGGAAUUGAGUAAUACAGAAGCAGAUGACCAAGAAGAGGUGUUACGGGGGGCUACACCUGCAGAGGACGCCACUCAAGAGACGCAAACAAAGACCAAGGGAAAGAAGAAAGCAAAGAAACAAGUGGAGGAAGCCGUUGAUGAGUCAUGGGAUUAUGGCCUGAGGGACGGCCUCUUUACGGCCUGCAAGACCGGGGACGUGGACGCCCUAAGCAGCCUGCUGGAGCUGCGUGCAGGAACCACAGAGAGUCAAGAGCAGUUGGUGACCAGCAACUCAAACGUGACACUUCUCAAUAAACCCAUAGACUCUGCAGGCUUCACUUUGCUGCAUGUCGCAACUGCAGCUGCACAAAAGGCAGUGGUCAGGCUGCUCCUCGAUGCAGGAGCAGACCCGGCCUGCAGGGAUAACAAAGGGCAGAGCCCGUAUAUUGUCGCCCCUGACAAAGACACGAGAAAUGUCUUUCGUAAAUACAUGGGCGAGAAUCCUGACAGAUAUGACUACAGCAAGGCACAGGUGCCUGGGCCACUGACGGCAGAGAUUGAAUCCAAAAAGGUGGAGAAGAAAAGGGCUCAAAAAGCAGUGAGAAAACAGCGAGAAAAAGAGCAGAAGGAGGAGAAGAAGAAAGAGGAGCUGGAGGCCGAGGAAAAGAAGAGGUUUGCGUCUCUGAGCGAUCGGGAAAAGAGAGCUCUGGCAGCAGAGAAAAGGUUGGCAGAGCAGGUAGCUGCAUCAGGAGUCAGCAUCUCUAACAUCAAGAGGUGCUGGUCGUGUGGGGAGUCUUUGCUUGGGAAGGUCCCGUUUCAGUACCUGGACUACUGGUUCUGCACCCCUCGCUGUGUCCAAGCACAUCGAAAAGCAAACCCUCUCCCAGGCAAGAACUAACAACAACUUCUGUAACACGAGGACAUUUAUUUUAAAAUGCUACCUCAUAAAAACACACGUAAAUGUUGUUCACAACUGCCAGUCUGAUCAUCGUCCAGUCCUGAAAUAAAGGAAAGCAAAUGACAUAACCUGA